CAUUUCGGGCUGCGCAGUGACUGCAGCAGGGACCGCUCCUUGCAGCGGGAGCCGAGGGCGGAGCGGCGAGGUACCUGGCUGUGAGCACGCACACGCACACACACGCACAUACACACACGCACACACACACGCACACACACACGGGCGUGCGUGUCCGGGCCGCUGGUGUGCGUGUGCGCGGGUGCCCUCCCCCAGGCUGCGUGCGCGCAGGCCAGGGCCCCCAGCCGCCCCCGCCCGCUCGCCUCCGGCUCCCCUCCCCUCCUGUCGCUUUUGUCUGGAGGGUGUUCUGGGCCGUGUGGAUGCGCGAGUGUGUUUUUGGAUUUCAGACUAAUUUCUGGAGUUUCUGCCCCUGCUCUGCGUCAGCCCUCACGUCACUUCGCCAGCAGUAGCCGAGGCGGCGGCGGCUCGGGAUCGGGCUGGAGCUGGGCCGUGCGCGCUGGCAGCGGGAGCUGGAGCUGGUGAGCGGCGCGGACGGUGACCCGCAGGCUCUGCCCUCGCGCCCCCCGGGGCUCCCCAGCCCCGAGGUGUGUCCCGGAUCCUGCCGAGCGUCGCCGGGAGCCUGAGCCGAGGGUGCCGGUGGCCGGGCCAUGUAGCAGAGGCCGUGACGGAGUCCGGAGACGCGGCAGCGCCCCCUGCGAGGCAGCUGGCGAUGUCCCGGGUCCUGUGAACGGUGCGGCCCACCGGGACGCGCGCGGCACCCAACACCCAGACGCGACAGCGCGGCCAGCGCGGCCAGGGCUGCCUAGCGCGGCGCGGGGACACGCACUCGGGCCCACUUGGGCUGGAGCUGACGUCUAAGAUGUUCCGGACGAGGUGGCACGGACCUGCCGUGGCGCGCCUCUGGGGCUUCUGCUGGCUGGCGCUGGCCUUCUGCAGGGCUGCCUUCGCCUGCCCCGCGUCCUGCCAGUGCAGCGCUUCUCGAAUCUGGUGCAGCGACGCUUCUCCUGGCAUCGUGGCAUUUCCCAGAUUGGACACUAACAAUGCAGACCCCGAGAACAUAACCGAAAUUUACAUUGCAAAUCAGAAGAGAUUAGAAAUCAUCAAUGAAGGUGAUCUUGAAGCUUACGUGGGAUUGAAAAAUCUGACAAUUGUGGAUUCUGGAUUAAAAUUUGUGGCUCACAAAGCAUUCCUGAAAAAUGGAGAUUUACAGCACAUCAAUUUUACCCGAAAUAAAUUGACAAGCUUGUCUAGGAAACAUUUCCGUCAUCUUGAGUUGUCUGAACUGAUCCUGGUUGGCAAUCCAUUCGCAUGCUCCUGUGAUAUUAUGUGGAUCAAGACUCUUCAGGAGACUAAAUCCACCCCAGAAAUUCAAGAUUUGUACUGCAUAAAUGAAAGGAACAAGAAUAUUCCCCUGGCAAGCCUGCAGAUACCCAAUUGUGGAUUGCCAUCUGCAAAUCUGGCUGCACCCAACCUUACAGUGGAGGAAGGAACAUCUGUCACUUUAUCUUGUAGUGUUGCAGGCGAUCCAGUCCCAAAUCUGUACUGGGAUGUUGGUAAUCUGAUUUCCAAACAUAUGAAUGAAACAAGCCACACACAGGGAUCCUUAAGGAUAACUAACAUUUCAUCUGAUGACAGUGGAAAACAAAUCUCGUGUGUGGCAGAAAAUAUUGUAGGAGAAGAUCAAGAUUCUGUCAACCUCACUGUACAUUUUGCUCCAACUAUCACAUUUCUCGAAUCUCCAACCUCAGACCACCACUGGUGCAUUCCAUUCACUGUGAAAGGCAACCCCAAACCAACGCUUCAGUGGUUCUAUAAAGGGGCCAUAUUGAACGAGUCCAAAUACAUCUGUACCAAAAUCCAUGUUACCAAUCAUACGGAAUACCAUGGCUGCCUCCAGCUGGAUAAUCCCACUCACGUGAAUAAUGGGGACUACAAGUUAGUAGCCAAGAAUGAGUAUGGGAAGGAUGAAAAACAGAUUUUUGCUCACUUCAUGCGCUGGCCUGGAAAUGGAGGUGAAAGCUCAAAUUACUCUGAUCUAUUUUAUGACCCAGAUUAUGGAACUGCAGCAAGUGACUUUGGGGACUCCACAAAUGGAAGUAAUGAAAUCCCUCCUGAUGAUAAAAGAGAUCGUGAACAUCUCUCGGUCUAUGCUGUGGUAGUAAUUGCAUCUGUGGUGGGAUUCUGUCUCGUAGUAAUGCUCUUUUUGCUGAAAUUGGCAAGACACUCCAAAUUUGGCAUGAAAGGCCCAGCGUCAGUUAUCAGCAAUGAUGAUGACUCUGCUAGCCCACUCCACCACAUCUCCAAUGGGAGUAACACCCCUUCAUCUUCAGAGGGUGGCCCUGAUGCUGUUAUCAUUGGAAUGACCAAGAUCCCUGUCAUUGAAAAUCCCCAAUACUUUGGCAUCACCAACAGUCAGCUCAAGCCAGACACAUGGCCCAGAGGUUACCCCAAGAUCGCCUGAUAAUUAUUUGGUAUUUGGAGGCUCCUGUGUCACUGCAGGAACUAAGGAGGCUAAAUCCAUGCCUGAUGGAGAAGAGUUCUAUGAUUCUCUGCAAAUUCUGGCCAGACAACAUCUUGACGUCACUCCUUAGCUUCCAAAACCUAGACAAGCAAGAAGUUGCCUUCCAAAGAGAAAGCAGUGUGUUCUAAUGACUAAUCCCUCAAAAUGCUAUGCCACUUUAACUAUAGACCCACCUCCUCGAUCAAUCAGGAUGGCAAGAUGGAGCUGAUGAGCUCAGCAACAUCAAGUCUGGAUUUGGUCUUUAAUUCAACUAGUCUGUUUAGACGUGUCUGAAAACCAUGUCAUCUGACAGUGUGGGGUGGUUUCUGAGUAGGAUUUACAAACUCGACUCAGGGGCAGCUGUGCUAUAUUCUCCUUGACUGCUGAGAAAGGUUUUAACAGGGUACAUGGAACCAUACCUUCUGAGCUGAAAAAAAGAAGGAAAACCUGAACUAAAAAUAAUUAAUCAGCAAAACUCCCGAAUCAUCAGUCUUGUGUUUUCUUGAAGGGUGGGAAUGUAUUAUAGCUUCCCCUGAAGAAAAAGAUUGUCAUUCUUAAAAUUGUGUCUUUCCUGAAGAAGGCUUGUAACUUAGCUAGAGUCCUAGACCUAUGGCCUAAAUGAAAUUAGAAUUUUUUCUCUAAAUAUGUACUGUAUGUAUUUGUUUGAAAAGCAUGCCAUCUUUGUGUAGCUAGGGUUGAAAACUCCCUGAGGCAGGUGAAUUUUAAGAGUUCUUUUCCAUGUUGAUUCCAUUUCUGAUGAAAUGACUAUGUCUUGAUUUCAGCAGUCUGCAUACCUCUAGGUAUUAUAACUCAUCUGUGGGCAAACAUGCUUUUCCAUCGAAUACAAGAAUAUCUGGCAAUUCUGUAGAUACGUACUUAUUUAAGGACUAUCUAGGACUAAUAUAAUAAGAUGUAAUAAACGUAGGGAGUAUUUUACAGUAGUUGAAGGAUCACUGAGGACAGUCCCACUGCCCUUCACAUUCCUUACCAGCACUUUCAUUGUGUUACCAAGGAAAUGAGUGGGUAGAGGCAAUGUUUUGCACAGAAUUUCAGAGAUUUAGGACAUAUUUGCAAUGAUAUUUUAAGUAGACAUAAGCAAAAAUACUAAACAUCCAGAACUCUAGUUCUUUAGAUCAAAGGAAAGGGUCCUGAGAAUUAUCCAAGGUUAUUUUCAAACUUCUUUACUAUCAUAAACCUAUAGUGCAUUUUAAUUGUCAUGGGUGAAAAUUAAAAACUGUAGAGAUAAUUAUGGAACCGAAGUGAUAGCACAGCAGGUAGGACGUUUACCUUGCACGCAGCCAACUGGGUUCAAUUCCUCCGUCUCUCUCGGAGAGCCUGGCAAGCUACCGAGAGUAUCCUGCCUGCAUGGCAGAGCCUGGCAAGCUACCCGUGGCAUUUUCGAUAUGCCAAAAACAGUAACAACAAGUCUCACAAUGGAGAUGUUACUGGUGCCCAUUCGAGCAAAUCAAUGAACAACAAGACAACAGUGCUAUAGUGACAGAAACAAUUAUGUUAGCACUGCCCUCUGUUCUUUCCCUAUUGCUUUUGUCUUUCAAAACUGCAUUUCCCUCUAAAUUUUUUAUUGGACAAAUAAUUACUUUGAAGGCCAGAUCACACGUUUUCAAAACAAUCCAAGUCCAUUCUGUCCAACAUGUUUGUUAGGAGAAUGAAAAUGCAGACACUCUAGGAUCUUUAGAACUGCUUCAUUUGGGGCUCAGUAAUUUGACAACUUGCAGAAGUCUUGCACAUUGAUCUGAUUGUUUAGGGCUGGGUCCCAAGUCUUUCUCCCUCUGGUUUCCAUAGUUACCUACUGCUAGUAAAACAGGUUGAUAUUAUAUUAUCUAUUUUAAUUUUGGAGAAGGCUGUAAGAAACUAUCAAAUAAUGCCUUUAAAAAGCAACUUCACUUCCUUACAAAAAAGGAAAUGAGUAACUGCUUCAUAACUACAUUUAAUAUAUGUUAAUACAUUAUAAACCAUUUUUAGAUUAAUAUUUUGUUAGUAUACCAAUUUUCAAACAUGUGUACAACUAAGUAAAACAAAAUACAUUUGACCAUUGGAUAAUAUUAUCAAAAAAGACAUGACAACCAAUUAAUUAUUUAAAAUCUAGGCCUAGUUUUUAAAAAACCCAGCUCCACAUUGAACAACUAAAUGGAAAAAUUACAGUGAAUUUAUCCUGGGGAGGCACUCACAGUGAUAUUCUGAAAACUGUAUUUAUCUCCUUGGCCAACUAUCAUGGACCAAGGUGGAAUUGUGCAUCUCUCUCACAUCAGACUUUCCAAUCCAAUUCCACCAAGUCAUCUCAUUAUAGAAACAUGCCAGAAGAUGUACUUGCUGUAGGCAUUUCCCAAGGUUCAGUCCUGAAACAUGGGUACCAGCAGAAUGAAUUUAAUCAAAUCAAACCUCCAUUUUGGUUUCGGUUGGCCACUCUUGCAUGUGCCAGCAGAAUGUGAGCCAUGACCAGCUCAGCAAACACAAGUGUAGUGUGUUUGAUAGAGACUCUUGCAUUGCUCAGGAGAUCCUGUUACACAUCUGCUUUGAACAGUUGGGUGCUCCCUUUGGUUAAGUAGAAAUUGCACAAAGAAAGUUUUUCUUGCAUGCAAAGCUCAGCCCAUUAUGGCAGCUCUUGUGACAGCAUUCCUCCUUCUGAAAGUGCAGUUAUUCUAUCUUUAUCAAUUCUGCCAGCUUGAAAGGGUUGCUCACCAGGACUGAACUUCUUAGAUUGCAUCAUUCUAACAUUUUUUUGUGUGGCCAGACGGAGUGCCCUUUGUGUUCUCAUGUGUUGUACCUAAUUGUGUGUUAUAUUGUUUUAGUUUCUUAGUUAUUGUCACUUUUCUUGAAAAGUAAAUGAGAAUAAUUUUCUCUGCAUCAAGUACAGAGAAGAAUGGGGAGGAGAAAUAUGACUGACCCUUUAAAAACAUGGUUUUGAUCUACGUGGGUCAACAUUCAAACAGACUUUUAAAAAUAAAUAUAGAGUUGACCCUUGAACUCUGCAGUUGAAAAUACUACAAACUAAGUUUCUCUGUUUAAAAUAUUGUUAAUAACAUUCUCUUUGAUCUGACUUAAUUUAUGGAAAUAUUAUAGUAUCUAAUACAUAUGACACACGAAUUAUGUAUUAAUUAAUUGCUAUUGGCAGGACUUCGAGAUCAACAGCAGGCUUGAGAGAGCCAGAAAUUUUAUGCAAAUUCUUUACUGGAUGAGGUGUGGAUGUCUGAACCCCUGCCUUGUUCCAUGAUUAACUGUAGUUCUUAGUUCAAGUUAAUAACCAAGGACAGAAGAUUUCUGUGUUCAGGUUCAGCUCUGUAGUGCAGGUGAAAGAUGCACCUCAAGAUAGAUAAUAGAUCUGCCCUCUGUCUGAGCCUGUUUCCCUUUGCUCACAGUAUACUAUGUAUUUAGGAGUGUCUGGGCUCCUUUACAGAGGGGAAAGUAGAAGACAGUAUUUAUUGCAUAAAGGAAAAGAAGGGAAUGUUUUUGCUACAGUGAUUACUGGGACUAGAAGGACAGAUACCCUGAAUAAAUACUUUAAACUAAACAUGGAAGAAUUACAGUAGAAAAUUUAGAAAAAUAAAAAAGAUUAAACAUAAACUCAUCUGUAAUUCUAAUAUAUAUUAAGAUUUAUAGACUUUAAAAUUGAUUUCUGUACAAAAAAAUCAUUAUAGCAUUUUUAUUUUGGGGGGAUAGCACACCCAGUUAUGCUUAGGGGUUACUCCUGGCUCAGCACUCAGGAUUUACUCCUGGCAGUGCUCGUGGGAUAAAACAGGAUGAUAGGAUCAAACGUGGCAUGCUGCAUGAAAGGCAAGCACCCUACCCACUAUACUAUUGUUCCAGCUAAAAUUUCUAUAGUUUUAAAAUGAUUACAUGCGUGUUUUGUAUCAAAAAGAGUAAGAGGGAGAAUUCAAUAUAGAAAUGGCAUUGCCUAGUAUUUAUAUUAUUCUCAUCGGUUACUCUAUAUGCUAUGAAUAGACACCAGCAUUUGUUUGAUAUGAUUUUUUAAACAUGUUUAGUUAACAUACCAUUUAUUGUUUUGGGUGCAUUAAGGGAACAAAGGUCAUUAUUAGAUACUUGUGGCAUUUACACUAAGUGUAAUUCUUAACAUUUCAAUAAAGUGGUUGAUACAUAUAGACAUGAUUAAAAUCUUAAAUGACUUAACUAUAUAAAAAGAGCAAGUUUUCUGUUAGGAAAUGAAUUUUUUAGAGGAGAUGGUAUAAUAUGCUUAUUUAUAAAAUGAGCAGACUAUCGCCUGAGUUCUUUCCCUGUAAGAAGAUGGACUUUCAGACGUCUGUACCUUUGCCUUAGAAGAUAUUUUUACUUUCUGCAGGUAAAAUAUAGUCUUCAUUCUGUUGCAACAAAGCAGAGAGGAACUAGCUGGUGCCUGAGACUGAGUCAUGUUUCUACUUUCUGCUAAUAGAGCCAACUGGACUGCCUCACAUUUUCUUAAUCUUGACUUUAUUGUCUCUGACCCAUAAAUACAGAUGCAUCUACUCAUUUUUAUCAUUCUUCCUCAUUUUCUCUCAUCAUUAUCAUGAUGCUAAUGACCAUAUUUCUUUCUAGACCCUAGCCACAUUAAUGCCAUGCCUAAUAUCCAAGAAAAAAAAUGAAUCAUAUCACUACUCUAACCCUCUCUAGAGAACUAAUUUUGCUUUCCCAAGUACUAUCAGUUUUUGGAUUUUCUUCUUAAUAAGUUCUUAAUGGAAUUCAUUUAUUUAUGUAUAAGACUUUAGUGGGUUUUUGAUCCCUAGAUACACUUUAUCAACAUUGGUUUUGGAAGAGGAAUGCACUCCUUUUAUUAGUGAGAUAUCUAUCUUACAUUCCUGAACUCUGAAUCUUUGGAAUGAGAAGAUUAUCACUAGGUUGCAGAAAAAAUAAGCUUAUAAUUCUCUGACUAAUUAUUCUAUAGACUUGUGUACACUCCCUAAAAAUUCCUAAAUUUUCGACCAUGAGCCUUCCUUUUGCUACUGGGCCCUUUUGCCUUAUAGCACUUAUUUAUACUGCACUCCAAUAUUUAAGGUAAUAGACAGGAGGUGGUCAUUGAUGAUGGCUACAUAUUAUUUAACUUUAUUAGCUUCUCUCAUAUGUGAAGAUGAGAGUGGACCUAGAACAUUCUAUAUUAUUUUUACUAUGUACAGAAAAUCCAGGGCUUGUCCAGAUAUAUGUAUGAGUGAUCAUUGAAGCUUGACCUUUAUAGUAUAGAUCUGCUCAAGGUAGUGAGAUUUGUUAUAUUGGAAUUUGUCCCACGACCAGCCAUUCAGAAAUGAAUGUGUGGACCGAUGAAGACAAGAGUGUAAAAUCUAUGUUCCUUAUUGCCUACUUUUUGCCACAUUAUUCUUACAUAGAUUUUAGAAUAUAAUUUAUAACUUUAGAAUAUAAUUCUUUUGGGGAUUCCUAAAAUCCUACAAAAUUUCCUCAAGAUAAUGUCUAGAUUUUUUAAAUCUAGGAAAAAAAUCAUCAAUUUUUGCUAUUUAGCUUAGACCAGGCAUUCUGGGCUGGCAGAUAGGGUUGGGAACAGUUUCUAUGGCAAAUAAGACCCUCACUCAGUACAGUACUUAAGGGACACCAAUAAUAUAGACAACAAUUUUUCAAAUUAAACAAUAUCUUAAACAAUAAUUUGAAAAGCAACUAUUCAUACAGAACACAAAGAACAUAUCAAAAGCUGGUAGGGCAUUUGCCUUGCACACGGCCUACCAGGCUUCGACUCCUCUCUCCCUCUCGGAAAGUCCCACAAGCUACCGAGAGUAUCCAGCCCGCACAGCAGAGCCUGGAAAGCUCCUAUGGCAUAUUCAAUAUGCCCAAAAACGCAACAACAAGUCUCACAAUGGAGACAUUACUGGUGCCUGCUCGAGUAAGUCCAUGAGCAACAGGGGGAUGACAGUGAUACAGUGAUUCAAGAUCAAGAAUACUAGGAUUAGGGCGAGAUGAACCUUAAAGCUCAGAAUCAUGUCCUAUUUAAUUUUAAAUCCCAACCCUUUACAUUACAAAUGUUUGCAAUAAUUUUUAUUUUUUUAAAGUUUUACACUAUAUUAUUAAAAUAAUUUUUACACUAAUUGCAAUAAUUUUUACACUAUUUUAUUAAAUAGUGUAAAUUAUUGAAUUUGGAGUGUACCCUUAAAUUCCGUCAUAGGAAAGGCCCUUACUCCCUUACCCUAAGCCAACCCUCAAGUCAGUCUCUUCUGGCCUGGGUCCAGUGUAAACCUCUGGCUUCUCAAUGUCAGUUGUGUGUGCAUUAACUCCUGGGCUGAUUUGCUUCCAGUUUUUUUCCCCUUUUUUCCAUUACUUGUCUAAUAGUCCUUUCUCAUGUCACCCCAUCUGCCCUGAUAUAUAUUUUUCCAACUCCUUUUUGCCUUCACCAUCCUACGUUAUCUGCUGAUAUAUCUUCACAGACACAUUUAUUUGCUCACUACAUUUUCUUUGUUUUUUAUAUGUUACCCCUCCAGAGAGAGGAAAUGAAUAAGAUUUUUUUUUAAAAAAAGAAAGAUAUACAAGGGCUAGGAAGGUUAAGGGACCAUCUUAAUAAAGCUGAGAAAUUGUAUGGGGUAAAUGGAGUGAAAUUUAAAAAAUAAGUGAAAUUGCUUUGAGAAAUGAAUUAGCUAUUAAUUUAGCUUCCAGCAUGAGGAGUUUUUGAAUUACACUUGUGAAUUAAAGCUAAAAAUACUUGAAAUUAAAAAUAUUCCAUCUUAUUUGGCUUCAUUUAAGUCUAGCCUUUGAUUCCAUCCACUGAUUUUUUUUGUUAAUAUCUGCAUCCUAUAUUUAUGAACAACCAAUAUAGAAUGAAUUUUAUUCAAUAGUUUCUAUGACUUAAAUUUUCAGAUUACAAAAUGCUUAACUGUGCUGCAGACAGCUAUUAUUACUCUGUUUUAUAGAUGAGAAAGCUGGAGUACAGAGUGACUAGAAGGAAAAAUAACAACCCAAAUUCCACAUUCAUCCUCCUAUGAGGGAGUGUUCUAGUCUCAGGCCUUCAUAAGCUUCUGAAAGUCUAGGGCUCUUGUAUUCUAGUGUGUUUUGCCUUCUCCAAAAAUAUGGUAUGACAAUUUUCUAUCACUGAAAGAAGAGUUGGCUUAUUGUUCUCUUCAGAUAGUUAACCAAGGUAUGAUGAACACGCUCACCUUCAAACGUGGAAGUUGUGAAUGCCAAAUACUAGUGUGACACACCGGAAGAGAAAGGAGUAGCCAGCCCUUGACCCAUUUGUAACAGAAGAACAAAAAAUGGCCCACGGUGUGUGUGUGUGGGGGGGCAGUAAUGAAGUUUUUUUUAUGAAGUCAACACCUAAAAUAUUGACCUAAUUAACACAUUCAUGAAGAUUAAUAUUUAAUCUUUAAUUUUUGCUAAUAUAAUGGAUGUAAAAUUCCCUUUUUCUUGUUCCAAACAAUAACAACUAUUUCUGAAAGUCUUCUUCCUUUGGCAGAGAGCUAGUGAGUCUUUGUUUUUGUUUUUCAUUUUAGAGAAAUCCCAGAAGUGCUCAGGACCCCUGGGGUGCUUGGGGCUACCAGAGAUGAAACAUGUGGUUCCUGGGAGUUAUGCAGUUGCAGGGAAUGAGCUAUAUCCCUGGACCCCUUUGUGCUAUCUCCCUAGUCAUGGCUCCGUGGUUUUAUAUUAGAAAUUUCUAGAAAAACCAUCUGGUAUCAUUGGACCCUUGAUUUAAUUUUUUAAAAUUUAAUUACAUCACUGUGAGAUAGAGCAUUACAAAGCUGUUCAUGGUUGGGUCUCAGUUAUACACAAUGUCCCAACACCCAUCCCUCCAUCAGUGUAGUUUCCCAGCACCAGUGUCCAGCUUCCCACCCAGCCCCCAACCAACUCCCUGACCCCUGCCUACUCCUGUGGCAGGGACUUUCUUCUCUCUCUCUCUCUCCCUCUCUCUCUCUCUCUCUCUCUCCCUCUCUCUCCUCUUCUCAUUUUAGGCAUUAUGGUCUGCAAUACAGAUGCUGAAAGGGUAUUAUGUAUAUCCCUUUACCUACUUCCAAGACUCAGUUCUUGUCCAUAGUCAUAAUUUCUAAUUAUUAUUGUUAUACUGAAUUCUCCUCUAUCUUAACUAACCUCCACUCCCACACCUUUUGUGGUAAUUUCCAACCACACCAUUGGCCAAUCUUUCUGGCCCAUUUUCCUUGACCUUGGAUAUUAGUUGCAUACUUUUUUUUAUAUCUCACAAAUAAAUGCAGUUCUUCUAUAUUUGUCCCUCUUCUUCUGACUCAUUUCACUCAGCAUGAUAUUCUCCAAGUCCAUCUAUUUAUAGGCAAGUUUCAUGACCUCAUUUUUCCUAACAGCUGCAUAGUAUUCCAUUGUGUAGAUGCAACAUAAUUUCUUUAUCCAGUCAUCAGUUCUCAGUCAAUCUUGCUUCCAUAUACUGGCUAUUAUGAAUAGUAUUGCAAUGAACAUAGAAGUGCAGAUGGUGUUUCUGCUGUGUGUUUUUGGACCCCUAGGGUAUAUUUGCAGAACCGGUAUUGCUGCUCAUAUGGAAGCUCAAUUUCUAGUUUUUUGAGGGAUAUCCAUACUGUUUUCUAAAGAAGCUCAAUCAGUCAGCAUUCCCACCAUCAAUGAAUGAGUAGACCCUUGAUUUUUUCUUUAAUGAAAUCAGCUCUAUAAUCUUUUAAAAGUUAACUUGAUCUUCUUUCCAAAGACUUCAAAAAAGGUCACAUGCAUUCAAGUGAAAGUUGACAUGCUGAGGGACCCCACGCCUGUAGUUGCUCAGGCUGUUCCAAGGAGACAGAAAAUGAAGCUUGCAAUGCAUUCCCACUAACCAUUCCAUGAGCAUUGACUUUCUAUGCCAGAAUCAUAAGCAGUCUGGGGACAUACAAAUCACUCUUUAGACAUAUCAUUUUAUUUUCCAUGCAAAGGAUUAUGUUUCCAAACUGCAUGUUUAAGAGUGCUCAAGAUGGAUGCUUAUAGAUAUUUAGCCUUUGGAAGUUCUUGUAUUAAAAAAAUACGAGUCAACAUUGCUAAGUGGCAUUUCCUUUGUUGGAAAGAAGUAUGGGAGAGAAUGAAUCAGGAGCAUCAUUGCUCCAGGGAACAUCAAGUAGCUGAUGGUUUUAUUUUUAUUUUUUUUAUUUUUGAACCACACCCAGUGAUGCUCAGGGGUUGCUCCUAGCUCUGUCCUCAGAAAUCACUCCUGGUGGGUUCAGGGGAUCAUAUGGGAUACCAGGGAUCAAACCUGGGUUACCAUGAGCAAGAGAAGCACCCUAGCUGCUGUACUGUCUGGCCCUAAGUAGCUGAUGUUUUUAGCACUUUGUCUUACACUCAUUUGCUUACACACACCCACAUAUGGGAUCAGUAUCUCUUAUUUGUCUUUAGUAAUUAGAAUGGUAUGUAGUCCCCCAAUGGUACGUAGUGUCCCAAAGCAAUCUUCUUCAGAUUUGAUUAUACCAGAUGAGUUAGAAUGGCAAAAUUAAUAAAUUAUAGCUUAAUUCAUUAUUUAUUCUCUUAGUAAUAUUGAUAAUUUAUAAAAGAUUAUAAUUUGAGGCAUGAAUCAUUUCAUUGCAUUUCAAAGUUAUGUUGGCAAAUGAAGAUCUUGUUUAUUUAUUUAUUUUUUAUUGAAUCACCAUGAAAAAAGUUACAAAGCUUUCAGGUUUAAGUCUCAGUCAUGCAAUGAUCAUACCCCCAUCCCUUCACCAGUGCACAUGUUCCACUACCAAGAACCCCAGUAUACCUUCCAUCCCAUCCACCCUUCACCUGUGUGGCUAAUGAUCUUCACUUAAGUCAGAUCUUGUUUAUUAAGAACUUGCAGGCCCCCUGUAUCAUCAUCAAACAUUAAGUCAGAGCUGCAGAACUUGGGACACCCUUCAGAUUUGUGAAGCAUCCGCUAAGCACACGAAACAGUUAACCAAAAUAGGAUUGCAGGGGAAAAUGGCUUUUAUAUUCACAAGGAGAGAAAACAUUGAGUAUUUUGCCUCCCUUGGAAUGGGACUUGUGUGUUUUUGUAUAUGAGGGUCAUUGGCCAGUAUGGAAAAAUGUCCCCAAUGAAAUGAAAUUAAACAAAUCUCUGAGUAAUAAGACAGGUGAAAAUUUGUUGAAAAUGUUUAACAUCAAAACUCGAGGAUCGGACUGAAUAGAGGGAUAAAAGUUUAGAUUAGGCUUAUUGAAUAUAAUCAUUGUCUCUGUUGACUGAUGAAUGUAUGUGAUCAGGUGGUCACAUCUAACUAGGGAAUUCAAUAGCUGUUGAAUGAUAUUGAAAAUCACUGAUAGAAAUUUUGCUUAUUGACAAUUUUUAACUUCCCAAUCAUUGACUCUUAAAUAGAAAAACAAGUGCAUUGGCAUUUUCAACUCCUAAAACAGUGCUCAUAAUGUUGAAGAUGCAUAAUAAAAAUUGGCGAAUAACUGAAUGAUAAUUCAUCCCUAUUGUGCUUACAGUCUUACUAUACAUGUUUGCUUGCCUGGAUGUGCUCAGGACUUACUCCUGGCUCUGCACUCAUGGAUCACUCCUGGCAAUGCUCAAAGAACCAUAUGUGGUUCCAGAGAUCAAACCCAUGUCAAUCACAUGCAAGGUGAGCACUCUACCUGCUACACUAUUUCUCCAGCUCCAAAUCUUCUAUAGCUUUGAGAAAAAAUACAUCUGUUUUGUUAGACUGCCUUUUGUCUUGAGGGUGAGGGGCACAUGUGCCAGUGCUCAGGACUUACUCUUAAUUCUGCUUUGAAGGGUCAGUCCUUAUAGUGCUCAGGGGACCAUAUAUGGUACCAUUGAUCAUGUGAAGCUCCCAAAAGACAAAAGAAAACCCCAAUCAAACAAAAAGAGAGAUGUAUUUUCUUCUCAAAGCUAUAGUACGAUUGGAAGCUGGAGAGAUAGUGUAGCAGAUAGAGCACUGACCUUGCAUGUGGCCAACAUGGUUUUGAUCCCUGGUGCCUCAUGUGGUCCCCUGAGCAUUUCUAGGCAUGCAUUUUGAUUGGUAAACUCAAUCUGCAGGCCAACAUGGAGCUUCUCUUGCCAUUGGCCAAUUAUUCCUUUGGCCUUAUAUGUGUGUGUGAUUCUUUAUUUUAUCCUGCACCUGAGAUAAAUCAUUCCAUUUAGCCAGUUUAUUUUAUACUUCCUGCUUCCCCCAGCAGCCCCCCUCCACACACACACAUUGUUUCCCAAAAGAUUUAAAGCAAUUUACAUUGGAAAUUAAAUUUAACUGUUAUGGUAAUAUAGCUGCAGCUUUUUCAUUUUUUCCAUAGCUUACAUCCUAAAGUUCUUUCUAAUAUCUUAAAAGCAAUUUUUACAUUCUAAACAGCUGAGGAUAAAAUAACAGACAACAUAGACAAUAAUUUCAAACAAUGAAGACUGAAAACCGGAGUGUUUGCCUGCGGUGGAGAGCAGCUAUAUAGCUUUAGAAGGUGAUGGAAAUGUUACUUAUCACUUUCUGUUUGAUAUUUUACACAGUCUUUUUCUUUUCAAAUUGUGAAGAUUGCCCAGCAAAAUUGUGACAGCACUAUUGGAAGACUCAGAACCUAAUUCUGAGUCUUAGGUUAGGCAUCUAUUGACAGCCAUCAUCAAACAAAAGCUUUUGUACUUGAAAUCAUUGUUGUUAUCAGUCAUGGUGGUGGAAUUGUUAUGUGUGCAUGUGUGCGUGUGUGUAUGUGUGUGUAUGUGUGUGUACAUGCAUGCAUCCAAAGGAAAGUGAGAGGAUAUAUAAGAAAACACUAAGAAUCCAAUCCAGUUUCUGCAUUUCUAUAUUUGAAGUCAGUAAAGGUGAGGCCUGAUAUUUCUGAUGCAUGUCAAAAUUUGAGACUCCUUCCUCCAGACCAAACCCACUGUGGAAGUUUCUCGUUCUGAGGGAUCAUAGAGUAGGGUGAGAUGCUGUUAGGUGCUUUAGGGACUGGCUGAUAUCUUCAUUGCUGUUACGUUUUUAUUGAGAAUCCCUCCUUGAUUGACAUUUGUCUUCUUUCUCAUAUCAGCAAACAACUCCUUGGGUCUCUAAAUACGGAAAUCUUUGCUUUUGAUUGUUUAGGCCCAGCAGCUGUGAUUUUAAAUAAAGUAGGAUAGCAAUAGCAUUCAAGGUAUAGUGUUCUCAUUAUAAGUACAUGUCUCUAUGAGACAUUAAUCCCAAUUUCCCAAUAUGGAAAUGAACUUUGGUUAUGAUCCAUUUUUUCAUUAUGUAUUAACAAUAUACUAUGAAUAACAAAAUAGAUACAAGCCUAGAAAACAAGAGAAAUUUCUUUUUUAUGCAAAUACCUUAAAAACAGUAAUACAAAAAUACAAAAUUCUAUUUUAAGAAAAAAAAGAAUGCAGUUUAAUUUGACAAAUUUGAAACCCAUAUAAUCAACAAAAUGGAGAAAGCACAAAAUGGAUCAGAUUAGACUCAAUACUUACAGUUAUUCUUUAGAAAAAUCAAUCUAAGAAUUUGACUAUGUUGCUGGUAAGAAGAGGUUCCCUAGGAAGCUUGUGACAGUGUGAAGGGGGCAGGCAGCAGCUUGGAGAUGGGCAUCUACUACUGUAUCCACCUCAGUUAUCUGGGGAAGUAUAAAACCAGGCUGCAGUGAGGAAUUGCUCUUUGCAGGAAAGAAAAGCCACUUUCCCCCCCCCCCCCCGACUCAAUUAUGAGGAUCAGUUUUCUCAUUGUGUUGCCUUUGGUCCUUUGUUGUUACUUUACUUUAAGUUAGUCCUAAAUCUUACCCAGGCUUUCUGGGGUCCAACAGCUUCACUUCACAGAAAAGAAAUUCAGGGUGGUCUGGAGAGAGUGCUUGCCUUGCACUUGGCCAACCUGAUUUCUAUCCCCAUAUGGUACCCAAGUACUACCAGGAGUAAUUCUUUGAGGUAGAGACAGGAGUAACCCCUGAGCAUCUCUGGGUGUGGCCUAAAAACCAAAAAGAAUCAAGAAUAGAAAUGCCAGAGAGACUGAUGGUGAAGUAAAACGUGUUUAUAUGGGAAAUAAAGAGAGGAAAGGGAAAAUAAAGAUGUGUUCAAGAUAACACAGCCUUCUCAGACUGUGAAAUGUGCCCUGACACAGGAAAGUCCCCUUCUCAGUCAGACGCAAGCCAAAAGGGCAUCUUUCCUCUACCAAGUUCACUUACAGAUGGUUUUAGUCAACUUGUCUGCCCCCAAAUCUACUGUUAGAAUGUUGCCAAGGGCUAGUAGAGAUUGGAGCUCUAGCUCUUGAUGGUCUUGUGAUAUUUUUAGCACCACCUUUGCCACCAUCCCUGUCCCUAGAAUGAAAUUUUGCAUCUCAAUGGCUCCUGAGAUGGGUCUUUUGUGGAAAUGUACUUCAUGCCUUUAGGCUGAUUAUAGGUUUCAGACAAUGUUUUUCUCACUGUAUGUUACCUGGGAACCCCUACCUUCUUGCCUGCACUGAUUAGAAACUAAAAAAAACUGCAGUUGCUGCACAUGGUUACAAAGAAAAGUUAAAUUCAAAUUUACUCAGUUAAUUUCAUCUUUAAGACAAAAGAGCUAUCAUAACACAAAAUUGUUGCAAUGAAUAUAGUUUUAUCACAGUAUGAGUACUUUAUUGAAAAAUUAUUUUAUUCUUUUCCACAAAUUCUUAACUUUUUGUUGAAAUUUUCAUCUUAAGUGAUUUAAUCUUUACAAAAUAAUGUAAGACAAGAUCAUGGGACUGAAAAUAAAGAAAUGAUUGAAUCAACAUAUCCCAAUAAAAAGUGUUCAAAUUGGAUUUCAUUACAUAAUAAAUUCUCCUUCGUCUUUCUUUGACAUAAUUAAUAUUGGUCAGAAAAACCAAUAAACCAAAUAAAUUACUAAACUAUCAUAACUACUUCAAUUUCAUUCUGCAGACAGUGUCUCUUUUUAGUUGUAUAAUGAAGCCUUCUCUUAUAAUUUAAAAUCCUGACAGGCUACUUAGUUGAAAACAAAAUUUAAGAAAGAGUCAAUAAAUACUCAAACAUAGUCAGGGGACCUUCUAUUUUCACAAAAGUUCAAAGAACCCCUUUAAAAUAUGAAGUCUACAAAAGUAAAGUUCACCUUUCAACUAAACAUUUCAUUUUUAAAAAUUGGAGAUAAAAACAUGAAUCCAAUAUUGACAAAUAGCUGUCCUUCAUAUUUUCAUAGUUACACACAUUUACCAAACACAGGGAAAAUUUUUUAUUUUGUCUAGACGGAAGCUGGAUCUCCAUCAGCAUAAUAUAUCACAGUAUGAGUUUUGUUCAAAAUUGAAUUUGCAUCUCUGCUGCCACAUAUAGGAAGUUCAUUCUCUUGCAGAAAUAACCAGUGAAAAAGUAUAAUUUUCAGUCUUUAGUGAACUGUGGUCUUCUCAUAUGCUUAUGAUCCUUGCACAAUUUGUUAAGCUCAUUUUUCACAGAUGCCAAAGAGUAAUUACACUGUGUCUAGUGCUAAUAUUGAUGAAUGCAAAUAUUUCCUUUACAUAACUUAUUUCAAGGCAAGGGGAUAUUUUCCAACCAUAUAGUUAUUUGUGUUUCCCGAAAUUAAUGCAUCUUCUCAAAAUCAAUGACAAGGCCACCAUAUGUAUAUGUGUAUAAAAUUGUGAUCAAGAGUCAAGGAAACUGAAGGGAAUUGUGUGUUCUUGCCUCCUAAUUAGCCUGGGGUAACAGAAAAAAAAACUUCAGCCUGGAUCAACGUUUUACUCAUUGAGGGACCCUCUUCACGAGACUCAGCUCCAUAACCUGUCGUCUAAUUAAGCUUCCUUUAACAAAAAUCAUUUGGAGUUUUAUAUAUGACUUCAAUGACUGGGAACCUUAAAAGGCCAGAAACCUAUUUGCUAAUUAUCCCUUGAAAAUGAGAGUCAAAUGACAAAUUAUUGAAAGGAAAUUGAGUUCUUAAUAGUUAGGUCAAAAUACUGAAACAUGAUCUCUAGCUAAUAGUGGCUCUUUAAAGAAUGACUGUUACACACAUACACAACUUCAACAGCCCCUAGAUAUUUGUAUUAGAGACACCAUUUAAAUGUGAACUACAUCUGGUGCUCUUUGUGCUGCAAUAAAUUGAACGUGUGAAUUGAACUUGUAGCAGAAGUUAUUUUCUUCUUUUGCUUUUAGCAAUCCUGAGAAGCAGAAUGUCAAAUACACAUGAAAGCCCUAAACUGAAGCAAUAAACAAAGCUAGUUUGGGCAACUUUGGAAGAAAAGGUGUCAGGAAGAGAUAUUUCCUAUGAGGUCUACAAAAGUCAAGUUUGUAGACUUCAAAAUGGGUUUCCAAGAGCAGUCUUGCUUUUUUGAUAAUUAGCAAGGAAGAUUAGAUCUUCAAGAAUUUAGAACACACUAGAUGAGAAAUAGGAUUUUGGCUUGUCAACACUCUACUUUGUAGAGGUAUGUAACCACAUCAAAGAGACUCCUACAGGGAGAAAACUUAAGAUUAUAAUACUUUAUUUUUGUUGUUUGUUUGAUUUGGGGCCACAUGCAGCAGUGCUCAGGGCUUACUCCUGGUUCUGCACUCAGUGGUCACUCCUGAUGGUGCUCAGGGGACCAUGUGGGAUGCCGGUGAUUAAACCUGGGUUGGCUGCAUACAAGGCAAAAGCCCUACACUCUAUAUUAUUACUCUGCCCCAAUAAUAAUAUUAUUGAGUUUAAAGUUGCAUUAUAAUCUUUUACAUUAAAAGUGAAAUUUCAUUUUGGUCUCCUGAUCCUUAGAAAGUUGUUUCCUAAAUUUUUCAAGUUGUUGGUUCACUAACCUCCUCAUGGGCAACAUUUGAUCAGUCAAAGAAAUUUAAUUGCUCCUUGAACACAGACAAGACUUGGUGCUCAAGACAAUUUUGUCAUCUCCAAAAUAUAGUGCUACUUCAACUUGUUACUUCAGACACUUUUAGCAAUACCUCAGUAAUCUAUGCUCUAUCUACUUUUGUUAUAUCACUGCACAGAGACAGAUAGACUUCUUGUUUGUUUAUUUUGGGGGUCACACCCAGCAGUGCUAAGAGAUUACUCCUGGCUCUACACUCAGGAAUCACUUCUGGUGGGACUCGGGAACUGUAUGGAAUUCCAAGAUGGAAUGCAAAUUGACAGCAUGCAAAACAAGCGCUCUACCUGCUGUACUGUACUUUGAGUCCCAAGAGACAGAUGUUUUAAGAUUGUCACUAAAGUCUGUAGGCUCAGAGCCUUUCCUGAUGGGCUGCAUCUCUCUGCACUGUUUCCCAUUAACUUUGUCUCAGGCUUCUGGCCUGCCCAUGCUACUCAUCAGCCUGAAGUCAGUUCUCACUUCUUGGUUAUGCUGAGCUGUGUUUCUUGGACCACCAAGUAUUUCUCAAUGAUAGCAUAAAAAGGACAGUGAAGGAGGAAGCAGACUUCUUUUGGGUGGUGUGUGUCUUUCAGAGCUGGAAUUUGAAAUCUCUGUGUGAAAGGAACAGUGAAUGGGUGUAAUUAGCCAGACUGAUGAAGGAGUAAAACCUGGUAAGCAAUUUUUUUUCCAACUGACUUAAUGAAAAACAUUAGUAUCAGUUUCUGUCUAAACUGAGGGUAAAAGUAGUGAUGAACAAAAGGUGAAGAUUCUGCGUGGGCUUGGACUCUUCCUGAAAAUAAAUUUUGCUUGGGCGGAAGGUAUGUGGUUCAUCUAAAAUAAAAUUGACUUCUAGUUCUUCUUUAUUUUUUUUGUAGUUUAUUUUAAUAUAUUUCAAGAAGUGAAAGAGGUACUUACAAAUGCCCAAGUAUAUUUCCUAACCCAGUGAUCUGUUUUUUUUUUUUUAUGAUCUCCUUAAAUUAGGCACUUUCCCUAGCUUAGCUUAUCACAAGGAAUUUUUAAAGAUUGAUUUAAGAUUAUCUUCCAUCAUCCUGCAUUCCUCCCCUGUGGGGUGAAUCAGGACAAUAGAUGC